AUGGACUCCCGUUUAAAUCGGGGCACUGGCGCUAUCAGAGGGCCACCUCCUCGAAACGAUCGCGCCGAAAACCCUGUUCCUCCUGCUUCCCAGGUUAGCGACUCCUACUACACCGGCGGGUUCGAGGAUUACACCUCUUUCGAGCCGUCGCCUGGUGAUCAGCAAGCCUACCAUGGGUUCGCUCCUGCUGCUCCGCCCCAACAGCCCUACGCAAACGAUCAGUCUUCAAGCUGGUUCUACCCAGGCUUUGAUGACGCAAAUAAUGACAAUGUUAACUCAAUGCCUCUCGACAUAGGCAGCUCGCUUCAGUCGCAAAUCGACCUCGCACCAGGGCCCCGCCAACAUGAUGCCAACGAACAGAGGGGCGCGGUAAAUCACAUGAACGCAAUAAUGACGCAAGUCGGGUCCGUCGCCAUGGCCCAGCCGCCCGUAGGCCAGCUCGAUCUGAUCGACAUGGACGCGGUGGAUGCCCAGCAGGCUGAUUUCCGCUUUGAUCCAGCGCCCCAGAACCCACCUGCCCAAGCAAUGGAUGUCGACAUGCAGCCCCAAAUGGCCCACCGUAUCUCUCCCGUUCCAGAUCAUAUCGCCGCUCAAAGAGCCAAGUACAAACCGCUCUCAUCAGUGCCCCCUGACCUGUCUUCUUCUAACUACGCUUCUCAGUGUAUUGCGGCUGCUAUUUCUUCUGGUAUGCCUCCCUACAGACUCCAUCAUAGCGAGUAUAACCUGCUACGGAGCCAUCUACCGUCCAUUCACGUCACAACAUAUCUCAACAUUCGUAACGGUAUCCUUCGUCUGUGGUUGUCCAACCCAACCGUGUCUGUGACUAUUGUGGAAGCCGUAGGGUGCUGCCAGAACGAACGCUACUAUUCGCUGGCCGAGUUCGCGUUCGAGUGGUUGGUGCGCAAUGGGUUCAUCAACCACGGCUGCGUAGAGAGGCCUACCUUGGCCCCCCAGGACCGGCCCCAAGGUGACAAACCUCGUCAGACAAUUUUGAUCAUCGGUGCCGGUGUUGCUGGUCUUAGCUGUGCUCGUCAGAUAGAGUCGCUAUUGAUUCGUCAUGCUGCUGCUUUUGAGGAGUAUGACGAUAUUCCCCGCGUCGUAGUUCUCGAGGCUCGUCGCCGUAUUGGCGGACGCAUCCACACCGCAAACUUGUCACAGGCAGGUCGUCAGCAGGUUGAUCUGGGUGCAGAAACUGUGAUGGGCUUUGGUAACGGAAAUCCCUUGGGCAUCGUGUUGCGUCGCCAGUUAGGUUUGCCUGUUUACCCUGUCGACACGACAAUGAACGAUUUGUACAGUCCUAAGUCAGGUGGUAUUGUUGAUGAAACGACAUCAUUCAGGGCACAUGAACUUUUCACCCAUCUGCUUGAGCGAAUGCUUGAGUUUGAGACCGGAAUGCCUGUCCAGCCUCAAACAUCGGAAGGUGACAAGGCGCUGAUAAGGAUGGCUCGUGAUCCCAAGAUCACAGACUCAAACGAUGAGCGUCGCACCGUUGCCAAAUCCGAAGAGGUUGAUCGCCCUUAUGCGGAAACAGAUGGUCCAAGCGAUUCAGAAAAGAAAAAGUCAGAAACGGCUGUUGAGCUCAAUUUUCUCAAAGAACUUGGAUUUGAACCGAAAGAGAAUAAUGCGGCAAAACAGAUACAUAUCACACCUUCUCCUGCAGGUGGCUCAGCCAGUCUUGGUCAAACAAUGGAUGGGUUUGGCCAGCAGCUUGAGGAGUUGGUCGAAUUAGGCCCUCAAGACCUCGAAGCUUUAUAUUGGCAUUACGCAAAGUACGAGUUCUUUUCUGGCGACUGCCUUGACAAACAGAGCCUCGGGUCCUGGUCUCAUCGUAAAGAAUGCCGGUACUCUGGUCAGUCUUCAUGGCUGAGAGAUGGGUUCUCUACUUUUACCAAGGGCUUAUAUUCAGUGCCAACCAAACUUGAUAUUCGUUUCAAGACACAAGUGAAAAUUAUCGAUUAUGAUGAGGAUACUGUGCGUGUAAAUUUAGCAAAUGGAGAGCAAGUGGUUGGUGACCGCUGCGUCGUCACGCUUCCGCUUGGUCUGCUCAAGAGCCGGUCAGUUCAAUUCAUUCCUGAUUUGCCACAAUGGAAAUCAGACAGCAUUUCUCGACUCGGUUUUGGGGUUAUCAACAAAGCCAUCCUUGUUUUCGACAAGGUGUUUUGGGACGCUUCAUCGGACGUGUUCCGGGUAACAAAUGACCCAAGCUCAGACAAGCGUGGAGAUGGCUUCGUCUUCCAGAAUUUAGUGGGACCAACCGGUAAACCUAUUCUCGUUGCCCUAUUCAGUGGUGAGGCAGCGCGGAAACUCAAAGAACGCUCUGAUGAAAACGUAGUAUCAGAUCUUGUUGAAAGGCUGGCGGCUAUCUUCCAUCCGGAGCAAAAACCCGUUGUCGUUGAGUCAGUUAUUACUAGAUGGCAACUGGACCAAUUCUCACGGGGUGCCUACUCAUACGUGAGUGUUGAUGGCACAGUUGCUGAUCAUGAUCUUGUAGGGUGGCCUGUCCAGCAAUCACUGUUCUUUGCCGGUGAGGCCACUUCAAGAUCCCACCCUGGUACUGUACAUGGAGCAUAUAUUUCCGGAUUGAGAGCGGCUAAAGAAGUUAUCAAUUCUCUUGUGGGGCCCGUGGAGGUUCCUCAACCACUCAUCCCGCCGUUGCAAGAGGACAACAAGCAGUCUUUGGGUAGUCGUCGUGGUAAUUUUACAGGAUCGGUUCCAAUGCCGGCUAAUACUAUAUCAGUUCCGGCAAGCGGACAACACACACCGUUAAAUUUGGCCCAGGCUACCUCAAGUGCUGGUCUUGGUGCUCCAACCAGUAGCAUCACUCCUUCGGGCAAUGCGAACGCUGGGUAUGGUAUGUCGUACUUUGGCGCGGCACCAGAUCCCGUGUCAAUGCGUACAACUCCUCAACUUUCAAUUGAAGACUUGGAGACGGAGUUGACUACGUUACGACACAAUAGAUUGGCUGCAGAAAACGAUCAAAUGGAGCGUGAUCUAGAGGAGAAACUUGGGGAACGGCCUGCUCGGCCUGAACGGUCUGGUAAUACCAAUCCCUUCCUCCUCUUCCAAAAGGACUAUUGGGAUAUCUGUCGUCAGGAAACUGAGGAAGCCAAGCAACGCGAUCGCAAGGGACAUGCUUCUCGCAAUGAAAUUAGAGCUACCCUGGGUCGCCGUUGGAGGUUUUUACCUGAAGACGAAAAAGCGCCGUAUAUCGAGCGGACCCGUCAAACGAAAGUGGCAAAUGAGUACAAGCACGAAGAGUACUUGCGCAAAAUAAAGUAUUAUGACGUUGAGGCGGACAAUUUCAGGCAAAAGUGGAAGCUUGAUCAUCCGUCGCAGCCCAGCGAACGUGAAAAGCGUUUGAUGAACAUGAUUGAGGAACUGCGGCCCAAGCGAAAGCGUUCCCGUCUACGUGAAUAG